CAUGCGCGCAGCGUGACGGCUAGUUCGACCGUCGUUUUCGAAGUGGCGGCUGGUUUGACCGAGGACAUCGGUAAAUUGGCAUAAAUACAAAGAUGAAAUCUCUAGCGCAGGACAUAGAGGGUUUCUCUAAAGGUCAUUUGAGGAAACAGAGCACCCGUGUGACGACGGUGACCGGAAGGAAACUGAUAGAGACGCGGAGCGGUGAAAACUUUCAAAUAGCGGACGAUACAGAACAGGGCGGUGACGAGGCGUGUGGGUUCGUGCAGGAUCUGAGCCUGGACCUGCAAGUUGGCACCAUCAGACCUUUCCUUUUACUCUCUUCACAGGAUGCUGCUCAUGACAUAGACACACUGAAAAAAUGUAAGGUAACCCAUAUGCUGAAUGUGGCCUAUGGGGUUGAAAAUGCAUUCCCAGAACUCUUCACAUACAAGACUGUCACCAUGUUAGAUCUUCCAGAGACAGACAUCAUCUCCUAUUUUCCUCAGUGUUUUGAGUUCAUAAACCAGGCCUCUCAUCAGGGUGGAGUGGUGUUGGUGCAUUGUAACGCCGGGGUGUCUCGCUCGGCUUCUGUUGUCAUCGGUUUCCUCAUAUACCAAGAGAAGAUGUCAUUCGAAGAAGCCUUCCGUGCUGUGAAAUCUGCUAGGCCACACAUCCAGCCAAACCCAGGCUUUAUGAACCAGCUAAAGAAUUAUCAGCCUUGAAGCAACAUACCUCUCAAAUGUCAUUUUAUCAUUGACCUUAUGGAUUCAGGGCACUGAGUAUAUUUUAUACCAAUGUUUCUAUUGUCGUGUAGCACUUUACUAAUGAUCUGAUGAGUUGAAUCAGGUCUAUUAGAAAAUGGAAACCUACAGAAUGUGCAGUACAAUAGACGUGAGGUUAAAAUGCCAACAUGAUUUUUGAGUGUUUCGGUGUUGUUAUGCCUAAAAUAUUCAAUUAUGUUUGAUUCCAUUUUAUUUAUCUAGCGCUUUUCACAGUUUUGCAUUAGGAAAUGGCAAUAGUCACUGGUAAAGAGAUAUAGUUGUGAAAAAUAAAGAAGGCAAAGAGUACAUUGUGGAUGAAACUUAACAAAUAUUUGCAAAAAAUGUCACAAUAUACAGUCCUGAUAUUGUAUGAGUGACACACCGAGGUGGGAUACUCUCAUUAUAAUGUGGAAUGAGUCUGUGGAAUCAGAUAGAUCAAUUUUCUUUUAAUAUUUAUCUGAAUAUUUAUUAUGCCUAAAAUAUUAAAUUAUGUUUGAUUCCAUUUUAUUUAUCGAGCGCUUUUCACAGCUUUGCAUUAGGAAAUGGCAAUAGUCACUGGUAAAGAGAUAUAGUUGUGAAAAAUAAAGGCAAAGAGUACAUUGUGGAUGAAACUUAACAAAAAUUAGCAAAAAUGUGUAUAUUAAAAAUAUUUUAUAAAGUAUUUUAACACGUUGGCAAAAUAAUGUCCUGGUUUUCCUCGUUUCAGAAUUAACUUCUGAAAAUAACGGACCAUUUCAUCUUACAUAGAUAAUUAAAUCUUAAUAAUAUUUUAAAUCGGUUAUAAAUAUUCUGUUGGUUGUAUUUUGUUCAAACAUUUGUGUGGCUGAAACGGGAAGUUCCUCUCGACCAGCAUUACACCAGGGUUGGUUACGUCAUCUGAAGAGGUCAUUACACAACCUGAGAUUCACUGUUCAUUUUAGUUUAUUCUGACAGCUGCGGUAAGAAAAAUAACAGUCUCAAGGGCUGAACAAAUCUGCAUAAUUCUUCAUAAAGCCUUAACUGGACCGAUAAAAGAUUUUACACCUCUACAUAAAGCCAAUAGAAUAAAAAGAGGUUGAAUACCUCCAGAGAAUAAAGACUACAAAGCUGUGGAAGGUGCGUUUCAUUUCAUGAGGGUUUUUUUUUCAGGAGGAAGCCAACAAAUCUUUCCCUUUGUUGUUCUUUCAGGAAGCCAGGAAUAUCUGAACUCUGCCACAUCUGAUCAAGCUGAAGACAAUGGAGCUCUGUCAGACUCCUGAGGUAACCCAAACCAUGUCACAAGCUCAUACAGGAGAGAAGAGUUAUGUGUGUACUGUUUGCAAUAAGCAUUUCACUCAGGCCAGCACAGAAAAGGAUUCACAGAGGAGAAAAACCAUAUCGCUGUGAGAACUGUAAUAAGUGUUUCCCUCAAAGAUGUCAUCUCAACUACCCUUCUAAGGGAUGUCACAUGGAGACGAAAAGUUCAGCAAACUCAACUAUGAAAGUGAUUGAAAUGUUUUUCCAUUUCUGCCUUUCUAAACUGAUGUGAUAGAAGCAAAACAUAUAACAUUUAUUCCCAAAUAAAAGUGUAUUUCUGCAU